CCUGUCUCCAUCUCUCCCACUAUAACUAGAGGAGGUGCAAGGAGGAGACGCACCAUGUUCAACAAAACUCAACUGGAGAUUCUUGUUAAGUCAUUUAACCAGAAUCCUUACCCUGGCAUUGGUAUCCGAGAACAUUUAGCUUCCCUCAUUAAGAUUCCUGAGUCUAGGAUUCAGGUGUGGUUUCAGAACCGAAGAGCCAGGCAACUGGGCCAAAAGAAAAACCUGCAAGUUUUAGCCGCCACAAAGCAAGCCCACGUCCUGAGGCAGCCUCAUUCGAUUGCGGACGGGCAAGGCCCGCAGGCUGCCGCUCCCGCCUCCUCCUCUGACGCGGGCAUCUUUCUCCAGCACGCGGCUCCACCCCUCUUGGGUGACAUACUGUUCGGGCCCGGCCUGGGCACCUCCCCAGCUAACCUGGGUGGCCCAGGGACCGAUGGAACGGAAAUAGAAGCUCCUGCCGAUUUGGGUUUCCUGACUCUGGAAGCUUUCCAGUUCUAUCUGGGUGACUGCGGGAGCCCAGCGCCCGAGCCUCAGCUUUCCCCGGCAGCCACGCAACUGCAUCCCUGCUACCAGAGACCGCCGUACGGAAACCAGCCCGCCAUUCCCGCUCUGUAUCCCGGCAGGGCGGAUCUGCAGGAGGAUGGGCAGCGGCGAUGCCAGCUCUCCCACCAAUGCCAACGGCGGCCUGAGCCUCCCCAGCUGGAGAAAUUCCCGCCUCAGCGGCCCCAGCAACCAAAGCCGGAUCAGUAUCAGCCUCAGUCUCAUCAAGCCCACCACCCUCAGCAUCCACUGCCGCAGCCAUUCCAGCCCCAGUGGCCGCAACCCCCGCACCUGCAGGCCCAACCCUCGCAGUCACUCUUUACCCAAGACCAGGCAGCUUCCCCGGCCUGUCUCAGUACUGAUUCUCCAGACGUGGAAAAUCUGCAGCUUCAUUUUCUGGAUGGUUUAUUUGACGAUGAAGAGCUUCCUUUUUCAGAAAUGAACCAUGAGGUCCUGACUCUAGGCUUUGAGGUUCGAAAUCACAAUGAAGCUAAUUCAGAGAUCAGUAUAUCUUUUUAGAGUUUUAGUCUUCUGCGUGGUUGGUUUUCGGUGAGGUGGUGGGGACUCUAAACUGUGAAGAAGCCCAUUGCAAGGGGCCAAAAGCCCCCAAAAGCCAUCUGGGCUGGACUUCUUGUCUCAGACAUGCCGGGACUCUGACUGGAACUGACAGUUUCCGAUCGGACGGACAUCCGCCCUCUGGCCUGUGAGCUCGUCGUGGGCGG